AUGUCUCUGAAAUUGAUCUGUAUAUGUAUAUUGUGCUUAACGUUAACUAUCAAUGCCGCACCGUCUAAGAAACAAGUCGCCGAUACUCUCCAAGAAUGCCUAAAUCCAGUCAAAGGAAAUAAGGUGUUUCCUAACGAUGCCGUAUAUUCUCAAGACAUCAUUGAUGAGAACACACGUAUCACCUUUAAACCUGCCGUGAUAGUUUACGCAACCUCCGUUGAAGAUGUUCAAACUUCGGUAAAAUGUGCUACCACCUUGAAAAUUGGAAUUACUGCAAGAUCAGGUGGUCAUUCGUACGAAAAAUAUGGAACGGGUGGUAGAGAUGGCGUUUUAGUAGUGGACUUGGCAAAUUUAAAUAAUAUUACCAUUAAUAAUAGCAAGAAAACGGCGGUCAUCGGUGCGGGAAACAAAUUGGGACCAAUCUAUUACACUCUGAGUCAGUCAGGAUUUCUAAUACCGGCCGGAAGUUGUCCUAGCGUUGGCGUGGGCGGACAUAGCAUGGGUGGAGGCUAUGGAUUAUACGGGCGAAAAUUUGGUUUAGCAUCCGAUCAUAUAUCAUCGGUCAAUAUGGUAAACGCAAACGGUGACCUAAUAACUGCAAGCACCGAUGAAAACCCUGAUUUAUUUUUCGCUCUUCGCGGCGCAGGCGGCGGAAGUUACGGCAUUGUCACAGACAUAACAUUUAACCUAUCGCCUGUUCCCCCCACUGUCACCUCAUUCACUCUUACAUACGAUCCCUCGAAACUUCAAUUAACCUUUGAUGCUAUGAAUCAAGUUGGUACAAGCCUGCCAGCGGAAAUGACGAUCUCGUUGUCGAUCUCUCCAAAUAAUGUUCAAAUUGUCGGAGUCCAUCUUGGAUCAAGUGAAUCAGCUCAAUCUGCUUUAAAGAAAUUCAUAAAAGUUUCAAGUCCCACCGACACACAGUUUAAUGAAGAAACAUUCUUUGCAAGUGUUGUCCGAAUGGGUUUCCAGGGUUUCCAGGGUACAAUAAAUCCUACGCAUCAUCCAAAUAGCUUCAAAGCAAAAUCGUUCUUUGUAAAGUCACCUGGACUAUCCUCCGCUGGCGUACAAUCUAUCAACAACUUUCUUAAUACUAUCGAAUGUUCAACCUUCGCUGAGUUUGAUCUGUUCGGAGGAGGUGCGGCGAAUUCGAUUGCACCCGAUGAAACGGCGUUUGUACAUCGAGACACAUUGUAUCUAAUUCAAUUGUACACCACGUUAACAGGAGAUGAGUCCACAGAUAAGAUAUGUUUAGAUAAAUUGACUUCGUUUGGCAUUACUUUUCAGAAGAGGUUCACCAGUUAUUUCAGCUACCAGAACUAUAUCGAUCGAGAUCUACAAGAUUGGCAACACAGAUAUUAUGGAUCAAAUUUUGAAAGAUUAACAAAAGUGAAACAAAAAUAUGAUCCGAAGAACUUGUUUAAUUUCCCACAGAGCAUUCCUACGAGUGCUAAUUAA